AUGACGAGUUGACCGACAGCAGAUCACCGAUCAAUUGAAAGAGCCGAAGACGUCGGCUCUGUCAUGUGAUCAGCUGUGUCCAAUUACAGCUGAUCGCAUAAGGGACAUGUACACUGAUCAUCAGGGCACUGAUGAUCAGUGUGCCCUGAUGAUCAGUGUAGCCCCAGCAGUGCCACCUGUCAGUGCCCAUCAAUGCCACCUGUCAGUGCCCAUAAAUGCCACAUAUCAGUGCCUACCAGUUUACAUCAAUGCCACAUAUCAGUGCCCAUCUGAGCUGCCUCUUAGUGCCAGUCAGUUCCACCUAUCAAUGCCAGUCAGUGCCACGUAACAGUGCCAGUCAGUGCCGCCUAUCAGUGCCACCUUUCAGUGCCGCCUAUCAGUGCCAUAUAUGAGUGCUGCCUUUCAGUGAUGCCUGUCAAUGUCAAUCAGUGCCACCUAUCAGUGCCACCUAUCAGUG